CUCUGGACUCGAUUAUACUUUCCAUAAACUAGUUCUCUUGGGAAACUACGAAGUGAUAAGUUUUGUUGCAUUAAUACGUAUCAAUCAAGACUAUUAUCAUCUACUUCCAGAUAGAAAUUAAAUCAUCUAUUACGACACUGUACACAUGCACUGAUACACCAAUUCAUACGACAGUAUAUGCGUAGACUGGUUACACGAGGUGGUGUUUCUAAAGCCUCUCGAUAACUGUUUUGCUCACGAGAUUGAAUAUAGAUGCUUUUUUCCUGAUAUUUAAAGUAUCAAAGAUGUCGGGGGAAGAAUAUGAUAGUGAAAUGGACUACUCCGAUUCGGACUGCGGUGACACUGGUUAUGAGGAUUACUAUAAUACUCAACAAUGGGGCAGUGAGGCUGAUAAUGAUAUAGAUCUUGAUGCUACUCGAAGAGAUCCAGAAUAUGCAGUACAUGACUGUCUUCGUGUAGAAGAAGUUGAAAGACUUUUAAAUGAAAAUGUUGAAGUAUUGAGUAAUAGUCUUCACAUUACACCAUCGCUAGCCAAAGUUCUCCUGCACGCACAUAACUGGGCACUGCAAGAUAUUGUCACAAAGUACCGAAACAAUGCCUCUAGCCUUUUGGUUAAUUCAAAAAUUAAACCAUUGCAUCCACCUGAUCCUAAUCUUGGCACAAAAGGUACACGAGGUGGACUUUGUUCAGUUUGUGUCACAAUUGUACCUGCCGAACGUUUCUCUACAUUGACCUGUGGUCAUUCAUUUUGCAAAGACUGUUGGUGCAUGCACUUUGAAGUUCAAAUCACACAGGGUAUCUCAACAGGCAUUAGUUGCAUGGCACAGGAGUGUGAAGUUUCAGCUCCAGAAGAUUUUGUUCUCUCUCUUCUUACUAAACCCAGUAUGAGAGAACGAUAUCAGGAAUUCGCCUUUCGGGAUUACGUUAAAUCACAUCCUCAGCUAAGAUUCUGCCCUGGUCCUAAUUGUCAAAUAGUAAUGCGGUCUAAAGAACAUCGCGCAAAAAGAGUUAUUUGUUCCUCGUGCAAAACAAUAUUUUGCUUCCGAUGUGGCAUGGAUUACCAUGCUCCUACUGAUUGUAGUACGAUUAAAAAAUGGUUAACCAAAUGUGCCGAUGAUUCGGAAACAGCCAAUUAUAUUAGUGCUCACACCAAAGAUUGUCCAAAAUGUCACAUUUGUAUAGAGAAAAAUGGUGGCUGCAAUCACAUGCAGUGUUACAAUUGCAAAUAUGAUUUUUGCUGGAUGUGUUUAGGCGAUUGGAAAGCUCACGGUAGUGAGUAUUACGAGUGUUCACGAUACAAGGAAAAUCCUAAUAUCGCCCACGAGAGUGUCCACGCACAGGCACGCGAAGCUCUCAAGAAGUAUCUCCACUAUUACGAAAGGUGGGAAAAUCACAGUAAGUCUUUGAAAUUAGAGCAACAGACUCUAGAAGGAAUAAAGAUGCGUAUCAAUAAAAAGGUUAUGAAUGCAAGUGGAACUUGGAUUGACUGGCAACACCUCUACGGAGCUGCUUCUUUACUGGCUCGUUGUCGUUAUACCUUACAGUAUACGUAUCCAUAUGCAUAUUACAUGGAGCCUGGACCACGGAAGGAAUUGUUCGAGUAUCAGCAAGCACAGUUGGAAGCCGAGAUUGAAAAUCUCUCAUGGAAGAUAGAACGUGCUGAGACAACAGAUCGUGGAGAUCUUGAAAAUCAAAUGGACAUAGCUGAAAAGCGACGAGUCACAUUGCUCAAGGAUUUCUUGGAGGACGCGAUGUUUAACCAUGGAAUUUUGCUUUUAUGAAGCAAGCAUCAUUGCAAAAACAAAUAAUCAAAGUUCGUAUAGAACUUUCGACAGCAGAUACCAAGUAAGAAAUAACAAGAAUGAAUGAACGACCUCCUCUGCUAGAAGAAACAACAAUUUCAUGAUAAAAUAAAAGAAAAAGCAAUUAUAAAAAGUGAUUAAUAACAUUUGCUAAGUGUUGCGAAUGUCCGAUAUCUCGAUACAUCGAGUCCAUUCGAGAAUGUUGGGCAAAAAAUACAUUUUCCUAGUCUUAUGAAAUUUUUAAUGUUUAAAUUUAGUAUAAUUACGUUAUUAUAAUGUUUUUAAAACUUCAACCAGUUAUACGGCUAAAUUAUAUCACGAUAAGUGUACUUUAUGACAUUUGUUCAGGUUUUUCCUUGAAGCACUGGAGUAUUGGUCCUUGAUCGACCCUCGUCCGCUCUUCUCAUUCAAGCCCCUAAGUAUUGUUAAUAUUAAGAAUUGUUAAAUACAAUUAGUAAUAGGAGCUCGAUAAUAGCCCAAUAAGUAAUCCGAUGCCGAUGUACGGUAACAAUCAACAUGUAAAUAAUUCUGUAAAACUAUAUAAGGGUUGUGUGAACAUUUUCUAUGGUAGUUUUAAAGUUUGUGCAACGAUAAAAUUCACGUGCAGGAUAUAGAAGCGUAAUUUAGUAUCGGAUCUGAUUUUAUUUUACCUGAUUCUUCCCUCAUCUGUUUAAUUCCUUUUUUUAAUAUUUAAAUAUUGUACUGUAGACUAGCGAUUUUAAAUAUUACGCGAUAGACUGGACCUGCGAGAAAAAUGUAAUGAACAAUGUAUCUCUGAAAUAAAUUCCGUACUGUAUAAAAUAUAAA